UCGACGGGUAUCCCAAAAUAUAAAGACGAUUGUUGUCCAUUUUACUCAUUUUUAUCAACCCACGUUUCUUUUGAAAAGAAUGGAGGAAGAAGAUAAUCUCCUCCACGAAUCCCUCAUCACAUCUUCCACCACAAGAACCCUAAAAAACCCCGCCAUUAUCACAGAAGCAGCUAUUUCACCAAUGAAUUCAAAUUUUUCAGCUUUGUUUUGCAAAGACAUCCUCAGCCUCAUCUUCGAGAAGCUUCCGAUCACCGAUUUAGCUCGUGCUUCCUGCGUUUGCAGAAUUUGGAGCCUGAUUGCUUCUGAUAGGGAAAUUCAAACAGCGUCUUUUAAAGCGCCAUGGAAAUUGAAGGAAAUUGUUGGAAAUCCUACGUCUGGAAGCUUCUGGAAAGACAAUAGCUUGAGUAAGUUCGCAAUAUCUCAUCGGAUUCUUCGUGGUGAUUCCGUUGCUAGUCUCGCUGUCAAAUACUCUGUUCAGGUUACGGACUUGAAGCGACUGAACAACAUGAUGAGUGACCAUGGCAUUUAUUUAAGGGAAAGACUGCUCAUCCCUCUCAGCAAUCCUGACAUGCUUGUUAACAGAACAUGCUACAUAGAAGUUGAUUUGUAUGCAAAAAGAGAAGUGGUAGUUCUAUAUUUAGAGGGAGGUCCACAAGGGAAAAUGUCUAUCUGCUCUAAUAGCAAAGGUGCCUCGGAUCUAGUUAAGAGAAGGAUUAUUGAAUCUGUUCGAAGGAGCAUGCAGGUCGAUGAUGAAAUUGCUCAGUACUAUCUAUCCAUAACCAACGGUGAUCCUCGAGCUGCACUUUCAGAAUUCUCUGAGGACCUUAGGUGGGAAAGGUGUACGGGUCGUGUAUAGACGAUGGCUAAACAACAAAGUGAUCUAUUAUCUAAGCAAAAGACUUCACCGCAGUACUCUACACCUUUGCAUCAUUUGUGGAACUUUGAUCUGAGAGGAACGUAAAUAAAGAGCUUCAAAUGCCACUUUGAGUAGCCAACCUAAUAUCAUUUGUGCAGUCCUUGCCUGAUGAAUCUGUUUGCCAGUCACAAGUGAUAGGCAAACAUUCAGAGUUGUGUCAAAUUUGGUGCAACUGACGACAAUCUCAAUGGCGUGGCAUGAGAUUAUUGCAUGUGGAUACCGUAUCAGUCAAGUUAUUUGUUAAUAACAUGUUGCUCUACUGUAAAUAAUUUUGGCCUUGAUGUUCAUAAUGUCAUAUGUGCAUUGUGCAUUGUGCAUUGUGCAUUGUGCAUUGUGCAUUAUGCAUUAUGCAUUAUGCAUCAUGGCAAGAUCUAGCAGCGUAUGUAUUCCUGUAAGUUUUAUGAUUCAGUAAUUAUUACACAGAUAUGAGAUCAGAAAGAAAGUGUAAAACCUCUAAUUUGUUUCAUUUUCAAUCGAUGUCUCCGAUCAUACAUAAUCGUUGAUCAAGUACUUCAAUUUUCUGAUUGUGACUGGUGUGCAUGGACGGGUUACUAGAUGGUGUUGGAUGCUGGGUUGAUGAGCAUGAGCUC